UGGAGGUGGGAUCACGUCGUCGCAUCUCGCCAAACAUUAUCAAGCGAUAUCGUGCAGGCGCACCUUCGCACAACCUUUCAGAGAUAUCAUGAUUGCAACGGCGCGAGACAUAUAGUGCCUUGAGUUCAUCGCUCUAUGAUGACUCGACCCUCUCAUGCCCCGGGCUUCGCGGAAUUCUUCCCUGCUGCUCCCAAGCCGAGGGCAGACGCCGAGGCUCGGGGGGCACGAGAUCGGUUCAGUGCUGGGACAGCCUCCCUACAAGUCGAACGGCGAAAAGAACCAUCACCUGGAGAUAUCCCUGACACUGUCGACUCUGCAAGUUCGUACGCAAGCAUCGCGUCUUCGUCUCUCAGUGCCAAGGCUGCAGUGACCGCCUCGGUGAAUCGCUGCUCAACCGCGAAUACCACACCACUCACCGUGAAAGACUCGCCUCUUUCCACAGCUCCCAUUGGAGCCUUCGACGCUCAAAUGCUUCCAUCAGCACCUGGCGACGACGCUACAGACCCAGCACACAAUGCUACCACCGUCACGCUCCACGCCGACGCUGUCGGAGGUCAAAGUUCAGCGAUACAUCGAGAACCAUGGCGUGAACCGGCUAACCCAGUACUGGGUGUCAAAUGCACAUUUGAUCCGCUCCUCGAGCGACUCCGCAACAAGGUGGUGAGCAGGUCCACGAGACCAGUAUACAAGAAUAUCACCACGGAUGAUGACACGCCCCUACCAGAUCCCCGACUGGCACACCCAGACGGGCAGCUGAGUUAUAUCAAUACCGACUAUUACCUGCCCAAAUCCCGAUUGCGAACCGCACCAGACAACCUAAGACCGUACCCGUUUGAUCCAAAGACAUCAGUCGGGCCUGGCCCACCAACACAGGUUGUUGUGACAAGGUUCAACCCGUUUCUGCCUUUCAACAAAGUCACACAAGCGUUUGCUAUUUUUGGAGAAAUCGCCGAAAGCUGCAAUAAGAUGCAUCCAGAGACUGGUAGCUACCUCGGAUUCGCUACCAUCAGGUAUCGCGAUGCCACGAGACCUGGUAGCUCAGCAACAAGCGCAAUCGAGGCCGCACGCAGAGCUGUCAAAGCGCGAGGCAUCAAGAUCGAUGCUCAGUUCGUUCGGGUGGAUUACGACCCUGAGGGUCGGCGAAGUCGGCGGAUGCUCGAAGAGCAUCUACGGCGAGACAGGGAGAAGCAAGAACAAGUCAAAAAGAACGAACAGGCUGCGGCCACUGCUAAGCAUCCGCCGACCGGACCGAAAGCCACUGCUCCCCCGGCAGCACCUACAGGGCCAGCUGCGCACCGACAAGCAUGCAAGCCCCCCAUUAUCUCGCGACCACAAACCGAGAGUAUAGAUGCUAAGCUCGCCAACGUCCCGCACAUUUUCAUAUCUAACGCCAGUGUCCCCACACUGGCCAGCAUCGUCCCGCAUUUGUGGAAGCGACUGAGAGGUUACUCCAUAGACGAAAUCAUUCGCAUCGACGGUGUGGGAUUCUACAUAUCAUUCCCCACUACCGAGGAUGGCCGGAACGAGGCCGAUAGAUGUUUUGUCAGAACCAACCAUACAGAGUUUUUCAACUAUGACAUGGCCAUGCAGCUUCGUCUGCCACGGCAGUCUCGGCCACCGCCACAGAAGAUAUCUCCUGUCUCUAACUACGAGCAUCGCCGCCCCGUCGACCAGCCGCAGACUCAUACCAGGGAUGAAGAAAAGGUGCGCCGCAGGCGAGAGGAAGAAAACGACUUGGACGAAGAAAAGAAACAAAGGGCCAAGAACUUUGAUCCGGUUCACGAAGCUGUUCAAGUCGUGAGAAGCGAGUUGAUUCAGCACUUAAUCAGACAUAUCCGCACGCAUGUGGCAGCGCCUUUUCUCGAGGAAUUCCUGGAGCCAGCCAACCACGUGGCCAAGAGGCGGAAGCUUAACAUAGACCACUUUGAUGAUCGAGAAGAUGCCAUAAUGCGGGAUGAAGGCAACGACAGCUCCCGCAUUGGAACACCCGGACCGCGCGCGGAUCCUAUUGAUCGGCGCACAAAGCGGCCUCAGGCAAUAAGCUCUCUGCCACGGAUUCGCAAAAGUGGCCACACGAAUCAUGGUAAAUUCGUUGACCCAUUUGCCCGCCGCGCCACUCCGCGGCGCCCCAGGGCUAUUCGUGGACUCCACGAUUGGUUGCGCAGUGCUGGGUCCGAUUCAGAUUCCGAGGAAGAGCUUGGCAUUGGCCAUUUGGCUGGCGCUGGCAGUGAAGAACCCGAAUCCCGGCCUCGCAGCCGCAUGAGCACCGACGACGAUGUGUCCAGGGACGACUACGGAUCCUGGGGUCCUGGUGAGGAAGACUCUAUGACGGAAGUUAGCCUGGCGCCUGCCACUGCGGCUAUCCAAAGGAAGCGCAAACAGAAAGGAUCUGUCGAGACAGCCCUCAAAAGGCAGAAGAAGGCAGACGAGGGGCUUUCCGGCGUCAAUAUGGGCCACAUCGACGAUGAUUCGAGAGAUCGCGUCAACGAUAACACGCCGGAAGUUGAGCCCACCUCUGAAGAGGGCUUCGAUGUGUCGCGUUCGCAGACUCCUCUCUCAGUUCUUCCUGCACCUGUGAGGAAAAAGGCUGCGAAGAACAAGAAGAAGGCUGCAAAGCAAGUGGCCGAGGAAUCCGAGACACCCAAGUACGACGAGGUCGAGGUGCAUCUUCAGCCGGACAGUGAUCGCAAUCUAACAUUGGGCCUUGCUGAGAAGGCAGCAUACGAACCUUCCGCCCAUGUUUUGUCAGAGACAUUCGACGAGAAGCUAUUUGCUCGAGAACCUUUGAUACCAGCCCUCAAUGUUCCCGAUGGCUUCAAGCCUGACGUAUGGGCGCUCGAGAGCCUGGCCAUGGGCCCAGUUGAUGCACCUGACUUGAGCCGCCUGCAACGCAAACACACUACGAAGACCAUUUGCAAUCCAGAGCUUUGGCUGUGGAGGCACCAACGCGUCCACGAACUCAACUCCCCGGAUGAGGGCGACUGCCAUCGCCCCGUUGUCAUUGAUGGUUAUUACAUACCCAAUCCAACCGGAUGCGCGCGGACGGAAGGGGUCAAGAAAAUCCUCAACUCCGAAAAGUCGAAGUAUCUUCCCCAUCACAUCAAGGUCCAAAAGGCGAGGGAAGAGCGGGAGAAGACCGGGAAAAGCUCGAGCGCCAUCGAUCCAGCCAGGCUGGCUGCCGACAAGAAAGCAACUAAGGGCAACUCCCGCGCCAAUCGCGCAUCGAACCGCCGCUUCGUUGCCGAGCUCAAUGACCAAAAGAAGAAUCUCGGAUCAGACACCUCAGACGUCUUCAAAUUCAAUCAGCUCAAAAAACGGAAAAAGCCCGUCAAAUUUGCUCGCUCAGCAAUCCACAACUGGGGCCUGUAUGCAAUGGAGAACAUAAGCAAGGACGACAUGAUCAUUGAAUAUGUCGGGGAGGUCGUGCGUCAACAAGUUGCCGACUUGCGUGAAAAUCGAUACCUUAAGAGCGGAAUCGGCAGUAGCUAUCUGUUCCGGAUAGAUGAAAGCACUGUCGUGGAUGCGACGAAGAAAGGUGGCAUUGCCAGAUUCAUCAAUCACAGCUGCAUGCCCAACUGCACGGCCAAAAUUAUCAAAGUCGAGGGCAGCAAACGCAUCGUCAUCUAUGCUUUACGCGACAUUGCACUUAGUAGGUUGACCCGCCCAAGUAGGCUUCUUAAGGUAUCGCUAACGAGACCAGAUGAGGAGCUCACGUAUGACUACAAAUUUGAGAGAGAAAUUGGCAGUCUUGACCGCAUACCCUGUCUCUGUGGCACACCAGCCUGUAAAGGCUUUCUCAACUAGCCCUUGUGCGCGACAGCGCCCAGCUGCGGCUGCACAACCUAUUUUACCGUGCUCGCUGUAUAGCGCGCAAUGGUAUCUAAACUGCAUGCAGACUAUAUAUACAAUCAUGUGUGUCGCGGUGCAGCGGCUUUGGCGGCUCGGGACAGUUAGCGCUGUCACCACUGCAGCGUAGGGAGGAAGGGGGACUGGGUUUGUACAAUCAUGAUGGCGUCUGGUUCAUUCAAGCGUUGCAAAGGCUAGGGGAAGGAGCUUGACAUGCUCGACAUUUUGGGAUCCUGUCA